GCGGUGGAACAUGUAAAUGCACGACUUCGUGAACUAUAUCCUGAUGAUGAAGAGCUGUUUGAUAUUGUGCUCAUGACUAACAAUCAUGCCCAAGUGGGAGUGAGACUUAUCAACAGCAUUAACCACUACGGUCUUCUAAUUGAACGGUUUUGUAUGACUGGAGGAAAGAGUCCCAUCGGGUACCUGAAAGGAUACCUUACCAAUCUGUAUCUUUCUGCUGACUCUGAAAAAGUCCAGGAAGCCAUAGAAGCAGGAAUUGCUGCUGCCACUUUAUUUUCUGGAAACAAGAAUGUGCCUUAUGAUGAUAAACAACUCCGAGUAGCCUUCGAUGGAGAUGCUGUUCUUUUUUCUGAUGAGUCGGAAAUCAUUGUGAAAGAACAUGGCCUGGAUAGAUUUUUUGAGCAUGAGAAGAUCCAUGAGAAUACACCUCUGGCAAAGGGUCCUUUGAAAUGUUUCCUGGAAGACCUUGGAAGGCUCCAGAAGAAGUUUUACCUCAAGAACGAACGGUUGGACUCGCCAGUCAGGACUUAUCUGGUGACAGCCAGGAGUGCUGCCAGCUCUGGAGCUAGAGUGCUGAAGACUCUUCGGAGCUGGGGAGUGCAGAUUGACGAAGCCCUCUUUCUCGCAGGGGCACCCAAGGGUCCGAUCUUGGCAAAAAUCAGGCCUCACAUUUUCUUCGACGAUCAGAUGUUUCACAUUGAAGGAGCACAGCAGCUGGGCACUAUUGCUGCGCAUGUACCGUAUGGCAUUGGACAGAAGUACCACAAAUCCAAACUGAAAGAGGACCCAGCCAAAAAUUAGUUCCCUUUACCUUGACCAUAAAUUUGCUAUUAAGUUUAAUAUUUCCACAUGUGGGUUUCUAUCAAGACUAUAUUGAUGGGGGUGGGGGUCACAUUUUGAUAUUCACAUUCUUGCACAAACAAUAAAACACGUUAAAUGCUGCAAAGUUUAUUUGUUUUUAGACAACAUUUCUAGCUUUGACUAAUGUUGGGAAAUAAAGCUAUGAAAUUUGUACAGCACAGUGCAAAGUUUAAUAAACAAUCGUUUCCCAUAAACUAUAA